AGCGGGGCCAACGUGUUUAAUGAGGGAGGAAGUAGAGAGUUGCUCCAAGUUGGGUAAAGAGUUGUGUUACUCCAAAGACUAGAAAGGGUGAGUGAUCUGGAAGGAAUGAGGGAUAGGGAAAGGGAAGGAGAGGUCAUUGGAGUCAUAAGAGCCGCUGGGCAUUGGUGUGGUGUUACCGUCGGAGAGAGCAAGGCGUCUGUAAAUCGGUUGGGAGGAAGCCCUAAUGAGCUCAACAAAAACCCAGUGGAAGGCUUCUCAGCAGGUUUAAUAGAUGACAAUGAUCUCUAUCGAUGGGAAGUUCUUAUUAUUGGGCCUCCAGAUACACUCUAUGAAGGCGGUGUCUUCAAGGCUCAUCUUACUUUCCCAAAAGAUUAUCCUCUCAGGCCGCCAAAAAUGAAAUUUAUCACAGAAAUAUGGCAUCCAAAUGUUGACAAAAAUGGUGAUGUCUGUAUUUCUAUCCUUCAUGAACCUGGUGAAGACAAGUAUGGCUAUGAGAAACCUGAAGAACGCUGGCUUCCCAUUCAUACGGUGGAAACCAUAAUGAUUAGUGUAAUUUCUAUGCUGGCAGAUCCCAACGGCGAUUCUCCUGCUAAUGUUGAUGCAGCGAAAGAAUGGAGGGAAGAUAGAAAUGGAGAAUUCAAAAGAAAAGUUGCCCGCUGUGUAAGAAAAAGCCAAGAAACUGCUUUUGAGUGACACUUAAUUCAGUUAGUAGCUUCACUUUUUUCAGGGUUUCCAAUUGAGGAAUAUGGCACUGUUUUUCCUGCACUCUACCCACCUAUUGCUGGACUUCUGUUUAUACCAAGUUGGCAGACACUGGCAGGAACUCGGCUGCAAUAAAACAUGGCAGUUAUUCAUGCUGACAAGGAGUCUAACAAGUGCCAACAAAGAUUUGUGCAUUUUGAAAACUAAUGGAACUGCUUUAACCUUCAGGAAGAAUUGUAAAGAUGUGUACAUAGCACAACAUGAUCCGGAUAAUAUAUAUACUGUUCAUGUACAUCCACAAAUACACCUUGUACCAAAUAAUGCUGUCUUGUAGUUAGAAUAAGAAUCGUGUAAAUUCUAAAGAUUUUUAGCAGAUUCUUUUUUCCUCCACUCCAAUUCAUGGGGUUCUUUUCUUAUGAGCCUUUUCUCAAAUUUUCUCAUGAAGCAUGUUGGACUAAAAGAAAUUAGGAUUAAAAAAAACCCUCCAUUUUAACUUUCCUUUUCAGCCAUUAAAGCUUCAUUAAAAAUCUCACUUUAAUAAAAAUUUAAUACCUUUGUAACUUCCUUCCCCUCAACAUUUUUUGGGAAUACAUUAAUAAAACAUUGAGAUCUCUCAUUUGAUUCUGAUGAUAAGCAUUGUCAUCAGGUGAUGCAUUUAUUCUCCUUAUGUUUUUACCUAGCUGUGCUCAUCUUUUGGCUUGGAUGCAGCAAUAAGAUUUACAGCCAUGAAUUACGCUUGAGCCUACUAGUUGUUCCCAAAAGGGCUGAGAGCAUUCGCUUUGAAAGUGGUCAGCUGUGUAAGUUAGCCCAAUAUAGGUUGAACCACUUUUUUAUUUCUUGCCUGAUUUGAAGUUGGAUAGAUAAAAGCAUGCAGAGCUAUAGGCUUCAAGUGAGUUCUGGUUUUGCUAUCAUAUACUCUUUCCCUAUCUCACGUCUUCUUUUUCCUCUUUUUUGCAUUCUGGUCCCAUACAGAUUUUCCUCACUUAAUGUAUAAAGAGAAAUUGCAAUGUAUAUUUUCAUGUAACUUGAUUUUGGAAUUCUGUCACCUUCUGUAGUGAGUUCUUCCAAAAUAUAAAUUUUUCCAAUAG